AUGCAAUUUCUGUUUGCGCCGAAUGCAUUCAAACGAUCUUCAAUAGCCUGCUACUCAUAUGGCCGGACCAUAUGCCACUCUAACAGGUGGUAUCACGCGUCUCCAUGCAGACCCAGACCAAGUCUCGAACCACGAUUAGAGGACCACGGCAAUGUAAUUGUCGAUGAGUACUCGAUCAUUCGUGAUAAAUAUGCUGCACCAAAAUACCCUGUCGUUCUCGCCCAUGGCUUGCUCGGGUUUGAUGAACUGCGCCUUGCUGGCCCAUACCUCCCUGGUGUUCAGUACUGGCGUGGGAUCAAAGAGGCCCUGACGGCGCGAGGCAUUGAAGUUAUCACGGCGACAGUGCCCCCGUCGGGGUCUAUUGAGGCGCGGGCUGAACAAUUGGCCCGAAAUAUUGAGGCCGGGGCUGGAGGGAAAGACGUUAAUAUCAUUGCUGGACUUGAUUCACGAUAUAUGAUUAGCCACGUACGUCCGGAGAGGUUCAAAGUCUUGUCACUGACCACUAUCGCAUCUCCGCAUCGAGCCGAUCGCCUACCUCAGAUCUAUUAUGCCCUUAAUCGACUGAAUGUCGAGACAGGUGCAUUCGCUCAGCUAACACGAAAAUACAUGACCGAGACCUUCAACCCAAAUACCCCAGAUAUGGAUGAUGUCAGAUAUUUCUCCUAUGGAGCAGCAGUGGAGCCAAGUAUAUGGUCCGCCUUUCGGCUUUCUCACCGAGUACUUGCAGAGAUCGAAGGACCCAACGAUGGCCUAGUUAGCGUGUCUAGUAGCCACUGGGGAGGCGAUGCAGGAUACAAAGGAACCCUUAUGGGCGUGAGCCAUCUGGACCUGAUCAACUGGACCAACCGGCUCAAGUGGCUAGUCGGGGAAGUGACAGGCAACAAACGAAAGUCAGUUAAUCGUACAUCCUAUUUCCAGAGUUCUGCUGAUCUCCAUGCAGGUUUAACGCCAUUGCAUUUUAUUUGGACAUCGCAGGUAUGUGUUACGGUUAGAUUGGGUUACUUGAGACUGACAAGCUGUAUGUUCACUAGACAUGUUAGCACAAGAGGGACUUUGAGAAAGUAG